AUGGCAGAAAGAAAGGAGCGGGGCGAGGAAGAGGAGCCGUUUGACGUGUGGCUGGAGAAGAAGACAGAAGCAGAAGAAAAAGAAAAAGAAGAAAAACAAAAGAGACAGGCCAAGGCUGAGGGUGCGCAGGGUGAUGCGCAGCGACGCAAGGGCAAAGGAGACACUUCUAGCAGCAGCAGCAGCAGCAGCAGCAGCAGCAGCAGCAGCAGCAGCAGCAGCAGCAGCAGUGUGAUGGAGAUAGACGAGGAGGAUGCAGAGAUUAUAAAGGAGACAAAGAAGAUGGGUCGCCUGAGGGUAAGAGCAUUUCCCAGUGGAAUUCAAGGGGAACGACACGUUAGCCCUUGGGCGCGGACCCGCUUCGCCGAGCGGCUGCAGGAGGCCUGCUCUUCUUACGGCAGCCCAGACAACAGCGCUCCGGGGGCCCUUGAAGAGGUGUGCCGCAAGGCAGAGGCGGCGAUGAAGGUCUCCCAUUUAGUUGACGACGGGGGGAAGAUGCACGACCUCCUCAAGAGCUGCUUCCACACCACAAUCACGACAGUGGGUGUAGACGAGGUCACCGGGGACGCUCACCUGGCUGUGACAGUGGGUGUAGACGAGGUCACCGGGGACGCUCACCUGGCUGUGGUGCGGGGGAGCCGGCGCGUGUUCUUUGAGUUUAGCUGCUGCAUGCGCUUUCGUGUCUGCUGCUCCGGCAGCAAGACAACAGCAACACCCCAACCACCCACUGCUGAAGAGGUUGCAGAUUCAUAUGAAGGAGAGGGUAUGCACUUGCUGCUGCUGCUCCUGCUGCUGCUGCUGCUGCUGCUGCUGCUGCUGCUGCUGCUGCUGUUGUUGUUGUUGGUGGUGAUGGUGAUGAUGGUGAUGGGGAUGGUGAUGUAG